CACCCAUACAAUACACGACGUAUUUUGACAGUACGAGCUUAGAAAGAUUUCAGUAUGCUGUACUUGAAAACCCCAUUACUGAAUGUUUACAGGCGCUGUUUUACAGAGAAAAUCGUUUGGAGAAGAGGACUGUGCACGAGACAAAAUCUGUCAAGGACAAACUUUGCCCACCGAAAGAUCUUGUCACAGUUCCCUCAUGCACACAGCAGUGCACUAUUUCUAUCGAAAUUCAUUUGUUCAGCUGGCUUUAUAAGAUGUGGUGGAGCACGCGGGCUGUUUGGGGGAGGUCGUGGCAAUGUUCAGCAGCAGACCCUGGAAGACGUUGCAGAAAAUAUCAGAGAACGCAAGUUCAGACGAAUUGUUGUAAUGGCAGGUGCAGGCAUCAGCACACCCAGUGGGAUCCCAGACUUUAGAUCGCCUGGCAGUGGUCUUUAUGACAACCUUCAACAGUACAAUCUGCCCUACGCUGAGGCCAUAUUUGAAAUAAAUUACUUCCAUCACAAUCCCAACCCUUUUUUUGCCCUUGCCAAAGAGCUGUAUCCUGGUAAUUACCAACCCAACAUUACACACUACUUCAUUCGCAUGCUUCAUGAUAAGGGCCAGCUGCUCAGGAUGUACACCCAAAACAUCGAUGGACUGGAGCGAAUGGCUGGCAUUCCACCUAAGAUGUUGGUGGAGGCACAUGGAACAUUUGCCACGGCCACCUGCACAGUCUGCUGCAGAAAUUAUAAAGGAGAGGAGCUUCGGAAUGACAUAAUGGAAGGAACAGUACCCAAAUGCCCUACCUGUAAAGGAAUCAUCAAGCCUGACAUUGUGUUUUUUGGUGAGGAGCUCCCUCAGCACUUCUUCAUGUAUCUUACAGACUUCCCAAUGGCAGACUUACUCAUCAUCAUGGGAACAUCUCUAGAGGUGGAGCCCUUUGCAAGCCUGGCUGGUGCUGUCCGUGGUUCUGUGCCGCGCCUUCUGAUAAAUCGAGAUCUUGUGGGUCCGUUCUCCUGGGGGUCCCCACGUCACAAUGAUGUGGUUGAGCUGGGUGACGUUGUUGGCGGAGUAAAAAAGCUGGUGGAGCUCCUUGGCUGGAGGCAGGAAUUAGAAGCAUUAAUGAAUGCUGGCGGAGACAGUGCUUCAAUGAAAAAGGAGGAAUGAGCAUCCUGAUUUAACUGCAACAUGGGAUCUUUAAAUCUGCUGUUGGGUGGUGCUCUGGGAAGCCCAGUUAUGGCACUAUAUGAGGAGUGAGGAGUUUCAUUUGUUGACAAGUUGUAGUUCACAACCUUGGAUUCUUGGUUGAAAAGAGAUCUAGAACAAUCUAAAUCAAUACAACACCCAAACACUAUGGUAAAUUCAUGAGCACUUUUAAAAAAAUAACUUUGACAAUAAUGUAGCUGACUGGAUUAAAGGCACAGUAAUUUUUGGUGUCUUUUCGUCUUCCUAAACAACCGAUACAAGAGUGCUUUAUACUGACACCUAUCAGCGAAGAUACAGUAUCAUCUAAAAGCAAACAUUUGAUUUAUCGAUUAAGGGAGAUAUACCUAGAUUAAGUGAGUAGUAUUAGGCUGGUCUUGUGAUCUCAACAUGGCAUCCACCAUGAGCAGGGACCACCCUAAUGUAGAAUAAAACAGUUUUAUUUUUUUAUUAUUUAAGUGUGUAAAUCAUUUAAAGCACAUUUAUCAAAAGUACUGGGUGUAAAAUCCUUUCAAGUGAAAAAAAAACAAAAACUGAAGACAGCUUUAAAUAAAACAUGAAGGAUAUUUUGAAAACUGAUAAGAAAUCUUUUUAUCCUGUGUAAUUUUCAGGCACAGUGGCAUAAGGCGGGUUUAGUUCACUAUUCAGUUGUUGUUUUCAACUGUUCUCUGAAUAACUCUCUGUCUCACCAUUAUUGAUUUGCUAUCACUUUUAAAGCCCUUUUUAAGAGAACAAAAAAACAAACACACAUUGUGCCAUUCAGAUGUAAGUAUAUUGCAUAUGAUCUAAGAUGUUUUACUGUACAUCAAGUUUGCAUUAAAGGCUUUUGGGAGGCAUUGAUUUGUCAUUUAUU